AUGUCCUCAGAGAGCGCCAAGGAAUCGACUGUCGUUUCCCUUUCCACGCUUCUUGGGUUAGCGUGCAUCCUCGCAUUUGUGGCCUUUGCUCUUGGCUUCGCCAUUGGGUGCUCUCUCGUGCGGCCGCGACCUUCCAGAGGAGCUGCUAUCAUAGCUGCAUUUCCGCUGGCCAGCCGGUUUGCAGAUGCGAGCAGGGAAACCGAAGACUUCUUUGCGUCUUCAUUGUGCAAUCGUACAACUCAGUCCCUGGGACACCUGGUCAAACAUGAAAGAAAGAUUACUCAUGACACCGACGAGACUCCUGCACGAGGCUAUGUGGAGAAGACUCAAGAAGAAACGUCACGCAGCGCUGCGUUUCUCGUUCUGGAAGUGGCUCAGACUCAACCAGAGGCCAAAGAGCCUGUGGCAGUUUUGAAAGGGGCUUUUAAACUAUUGCUUCCACUUCAUAGUGAAAUGCCAACGAGAAAUGAGUUUCUUACAGUUGUUCCACACUUCACUAAUGCAGCGGAAAGUUUUACUCAUUUUGAGUCACUCGGACCCACAUUUGCUUUGCUUCCCCCAGCGCUUGAUCGUGCCUGUGAAUCGACGAUUGAGGCAGUCUACCACAGUGUUGAUCAGGCACUGCACGAUUUGCCCCCGUUGGCAAGUGGGGCUUCGUCGAAGAUGUUCUGGGGUUCCUUUCUGCCUCUUAGCGGAGAUGCCAUUUCGGGUACAGGGCAGGUUGGGCAAGCAUCAACGCUGAAGGAAGAUAAACGGCAAGGCGGUCGGUCCGACCCUGAGGAGAUGAUCGACAUUGCUGGUCCAGUUCCUAUGCCGUUUCUUGAGCCUUCACAAACAGCAAGCGAAAAUGACUGGAGUUCAAGCAUGGUGCCUGUCGGCAUCUCGGGGAAUCGGAAGCUCCUUUCCGUAUUUCAACGCCUGUUCGGCUCCAACCCUAGAGACAGGAUGCUCAAAAGCAGUUCAACAAGCCCAAUUAUAGGAGCGCUAGGUGACAGCUCAACAGAUGCAGAGGAAGGGUUAACGGGCAAACCAUAUGAAGGUAGCAGCAGUGCUAACAAUACAGCAACGGAACCAAAGGAGCAGCCAAAACAACCUUCGGUAGGGGCAAACAGUGGCCCUUACCUGCUGUCUGUUGCAUUCCAUCCAAUGGCCGACGCUCAGGGGAGCGGAUUCAAAGCAAAGGAGCUCCUGAUUAGUCUAAAUCACGUUGUGACGUCUCAUGAAAUGUAUGAAAACCUUAUCCAAGACUGUCGCCUAGGUAGAGUGUACCUGCAGCUGAGCAGCGCACUUGCCUACUAUACGCUGUUUUAUUGGGAUGAGGUGGAGUACCACCGGUUCCUUCCAUUUCCUUUGAGCUGUAUGCUCAAGGAUACGGCGUGCUCCGUGGGAACUCCUGAACCAACAGAAGUGGCACCGGCCUCCUGA